GUGACGGUGCUUUACCGUGGAUUCUGCGUAUUGGGGGACGGGAGAUAACCUAACAUGAUUGAACUUUAGUUACUGAUUCUCAGCUGUGUUUGCAUAAUAUUUUAGCAACAUACAUUUGUUACCGUCAACAUGACGUGGCAACUCACAGAGGGAGCACUUGCCACUAUAAUGCGUGGUGGGACUGUUGAAGAUCCAGUAAUGCAGAUACUGGGCAGCGGGAGAAUAGAUGGUGCAGGAUCAAGUGAGAGGUACCACCUCCAGGUUUCUGAUGGCUGCCACCAGAACAGCGCCAUGCUUGCAACAGAGUUGACAGACAAGCUGACAUCUGGAGAGUUGUCAGAAUACUCAGUGGUCCGAUUGAACCAUUGGAUGCAAUGUGGGGAAAGGGGAACAGAGUGUGUCAUUGUAAUUGUCGACCUGACAAUACUGGCAAGUGGUACGGAGGUGGGUGUGAAGAUCGGUGAACCUGUGCCGUUCAGAGAGGACAGCUCUACUGGGGCGGCAUGUGAUGAGCAGUCUGCACGGCCAGUGCUAUCGCCUCCUGCCCUAUCUCAGCCGCAGGAGGAUGACACUACGGGAUCCACCUCUGGUUCCAUUCUGCCAAUUGCUGAUCUCAGCCCAGGCCAGAAAGAAUGGGAAAUAAAAGCUCGUGUUGUAAAUAAGACAGCAAUAAAACGAUAUUUCAAUAAUAAAGGAGAAGGGAAACGAUUUUCUAUGGAAUUGGUUGAUAGCUCUGGGCACAUACAUGCAACAGCAUUUGGUGAACAGUGUAAUGAAUUUUAUGAUCUCAUAGAGGAGGGUAGAGUGUAUUUCAUCAGUAGAGGUAAGCUGAAUCCAACAAACAAGAAAUUUACCAGCGUCAAUCAUCAUUACCAAAUGACGUUUACAUGUUGGACGACAGUUAGACGAUGUAAGAAAGAUGACACGAGCAUCCCUCACAUUGCUUUCAACUUUGUAUCUCUGAACAAACUUGCUGACACUGCUCUUUCAGCAGUCAUUGAUGUCAUUGGUGUAGUAAAGGAUACCAGCAGUGUUGAGGAUGUUAUAGUGAAAAAAAGAAAUGAGCGAGAGAAGAAACGUGAGGUUACCAUUGUUGACCAGAGCAACACCACGGUGAAGCUGACUUUGUGGGGCACACAGGCUGAAGAGUUCUCGGCGACUCCCGGUUGUGUGCUGGCAGUAAAGGGUGCCAAACAGUCAGACUUUGGCGGUCGGCGCUCAGCAUCGGUUCAGAUGUGGAACACUGUCAGAGUGAACCCUGACAUACCAGAGGCACACCAGCUGCGUGACUGGUAUCAGAGACAGGAACAUGUCAACAUUUUGACUGAGCAGCUGGAAGUGGCAGGCACUGCGGAAUACACCCCUCCACAGCCGAAGCAAAAAAUCUGCCCAGUUGCUAAACUCAGCCCAUACCGGGAAAAGUGGAGAAUCGAAGCUCGUGUUGUAAACAAGCGGAGAGGGGGAACACCAAAUGAAAGCGGAGAAGGGGGACGAUUUUCUGUGGAAUUUGUUGAUAAAUCUGGGGAGAUACUUGCAACAGCAUUUGAUGAACAGUGUGACAGAUUUUAUGGUCUCAUAGAGGAGGAGAGAGUGUAUGCCAUCAGUGAAUGUAAACUAAAACCAGCGAACAAGAGAUUUAGCAGUGUGAAUCACGAUUAUCAAAUGAUAUUUACGGAUGAGACAACAGUUGAGUCAUGUAAUGAAGAUGACUUGAACAUCCCUCGCUAUACAUUUCACUUUAAACCUCUAAACAAACUUCCUGACAUUGAUCUCGCAGUUGAUAUCAUUGGUGUAGUAAAUACUAUUGGCAGUGUGAGAGCAACAAACAUGGAAGAGAAGAAACGUGACAUUACCAUUGUUGACCAGAGCAACACCACGAUUGCAGUGGCUAUGGGCUGUGUUGCAAGUGUACAGUCAGCUAUGCUUUCCAAAGUUCUGCAUGUUCUGACAGAGCAGGCAACACAGCGAGCACACGAUAGUCGAGAGAGAACCGAGAUGAAGCUGACUUUGUGGGGUAAACAGGCUGAAGAGUUCUCUGAGGCUCCUGGUUCUGUGCUGGCAGUAAGGAGUGCCAAACAAUCAGACUUUGGCGGUCAGCGCUCAGCAUCGGUUCAGCCGUGGAGCACUGUCAAAGUGAACCCUGACAUACCAGAGGCACACGAGCUGCGUGACUGGUAUCACAGUGUCACUCACUGACUGGAAGAUGUCAACAUUUCGACUGAGCAGCUGGAAGCAGCAGGCUUCCAGACUGAAGGUUAUAGUGAUGGACAUGAAGCCAGUGGAUAUUAGGAAAUACUACAUGAAAAUUAUUUCAGACAUCAAGACUACCAGUGGAAUGUCCUAGUGAAUUGUGCAGAGAGCUGGUGCAAAGUGGAAUGAUUGGAAAAUGUGUUCUCCAUACCAUAUACUAAGAUGAAUGUGGCAAGCAUUGAACAGUCUUCACAAAGAUUUUAUAGAGAUGUGUAAAUAAUUUUAAAACUGACAUGACACACAUAUUCCAAAAUGUAGUUUCAGAUUUCCUGUUACUAGUAAGGGAUGCUUCUUUAUUUUAUGGAAGUAGACAUUGUUUAUAAUUAUUUACUGCCAUUUAUUAACUGUUUGCUGGGGCAUACUGCCUGGAGCAUAUUUUUGAACAUUUUCAUUUUUGUAUACGGCUGCAAUAAUAUAUGUUUCAUUAUAUUUAACAUAAAUAACUUUCUAUGAAAAAUUGUGUAAGAUUAAUUUUUACACUUGCCCGUGUCUAUAUACAUAGUGUAAUUAAAUGAUAAAGAUUUCCUGAAAUUUAUGCACAUUAGUAAUGAAUUUGUAAUAAAAAGAGUUUUAUGAAUGAA